AUGGACGAACAAGCGCCUCAAACACCGCCACUGCGGCGCACGUACAAGCGGAUCCCCAUGUCGGCGAAGCGCCGCAUCGUGAACGCAUUUGACAAUGCGAAAGACUGA